AUGGCUGGAAUGAGCGGCAACACAACUCUGUACAGUUCUGCGAUCCAAUAUGUCAUCUUCCUGGUUACGACUGGUAUCAUGCUGCCACGGAUUGAUCGCAUCGGUCGACGUCUGCUAUUGCUUAGCGGUUCAGCUAUCUGCAUGGCGCUACAUUUCGCAAUUGCAGGACUAAUGGCAACUGAUGGCCAUUUUGUCCCCGAUGUGAACGGAAAUAGCAAUUUGCGCUGGGAGAUUCAUGGCGCCUCAGCAAAGGGUGUGAUUGCAUGCUCUUAUAUUUUUGUGGGUGUCUAUGGCUUGACUUGGGCUCCUACCGGAUGGAUUUACUCUUCAGAGAUCUUCCCGCUUAAAUACCGUGCAAAGGGCGUCGGAAUAUCCGCCGCCACUAAUUGGAUUUUCAACUUUGCACUUGCAUACUUCGUUGCCCCCGCUUUCCACAACAUCGAAUGGAAGACGUAUAUCAUCUUCGGCGUGUUCUGUACCGUUAUGACCGUGCACGUCUUCUUCACGUACCCCGAAACCGCACGUCGGUCUCUGGAGGAGAUUGACAUUCUCUUCGACACCGACGUCAAGCCCUGGCGGAGUGCGCAGGUGAAAGACAUUUUUGCUGAGGAGAUUGAACGACACGCGAAGAACAGCAUCUCUGGUGAUAAGGAAGUCACUGCAACCCACAAGGAAGAGGUCUAA